AUGGCCUCGUUUACCGUAGAAAAGUGUCCCCAAUCAUACGACGAGUACAAGUUCACACUAGAUGAGCGACACCUGGAAAAGGCCCGUAACGAUCUGAACGAAACAGAUGAAAAUCGUUCACAAUCGUUGGCUCAAAUGCGUGAAUGGAUCGCCAAACACCCGCACAUCCAAAAAUGUCGAACAGAUUCAAUAUUCUUGUUGCGCUUCUUGAGAAUGCGAAAAUUUUCGGUCCCAAUGGCGCAGGAAAGCUUGGAACGUUACCUGACAGCGCUACGAUCAUUUCCACAAUGGUUCCGUAACCUCGACCCGCUGGACGGGGAAAUCAGGCAUUUAAACAAGGCCGGAGUGCUCACCAACCUGGGUCGGGACUUACUCGGUCGAACCGUCGUACUAAUUCGGGUACGUGCCUUCGAUACAGAACGAUUCCCCUCGGCCUCUCUGAUACGGCAGAUAAUGCUGCUGCUGGAGACUACCAUCGACGAAGAAGAAUCACAAAUCAAUGGCUACGUGGUGGUUGCUGAUUACUUAGCGGUUUCACUGAAGCUGCUUUCUGUGUGGUCCUUGACCGAUGUCAGUAAUACAGCGGAAAGCCUUUUUCAGUCAUUUCCGAUGCGAAUUCAGGAGAUCCACGCAAUAGGAGUCCCCAGAUUUUUGAAGAUUUUAAUUGACCUGACGUUGUCUUACAUGAGCGAGAAGAUCAGGAAUCGUGUUUACUGCCACAAAUCGCUGGACGAUGCCAAGAAGCACCUGGAGCUGUCCCUUCUGACGACCGACUACGAGGGUGGCACCCAGAAUCCGGACCAGUUGACGGAAGAUUUUAUAAAAUGUGCCGAGCGGAAGCGCACUCAGCUGCUGCUGAUGGACGAAAUGGAAAUCGACACGUCGCGGUACCAAUUUGGUGGGCAACAAAACACCGUUGUAAGCGAAAUCGAAGCCGGAAUGGUGGGAAGUUUCAAGAAGCUGAAUGUCGAUUAGCUUUUGAGUACUCCCUUAUAAUCAUAUUCCAAAAAAACGUUUUUGAGAUAAAUGUUUAAAUCCAGUUUUAGCUAGAACAAUCGCAACACUGCUUGCAAACAGAAGUCCUGUAAUAAAAA